UCUAAAACAGCAACAAGCGUCUCUGCCGCCAUCAAACUGUCGGCAACCACCCAACUGCCCUUCUUCUUCUUUCUCGUAUUCUGCGUUCACCCGAGCUCUGAAACUGUGGUGGCGCGCCACCCCAGUCCGCCCCAUUACACAAUGCAGCGCCACAGCAGCUCCGACGUGAUUUUCAUCUCAUUGCUGAUUCAUGUUUUGCUGGUAUACGCGGCUCAGGGGCAGCUUCAGCACCGGGUUUUAGACCCGCAUUGGUACCCGGGCACUGCCACCUGGUACGGCGACCCCGAAGGAGACGGAAGUAACGGCGGGGCGUGUGGAUACGGGUCGUUGGUCGACGUGAAGCCGAUGAAGGCGCGAGUUGGGGCUGUGGGUCCCGUGCUGUUCAUGACCGGAGAAGGCUGUGGAGCCUGCUACAAGGUGAAAUGCUUGGACAAGAGCAUAUGCUCCAAGCGAGCCGUGACGGUGAUAAUCACCGACGAGUGCCCUGGCUGCCCCUCCGACCGGACCCACUUUGACCUCAGUGGCGCAGCAUUUGGCCGCAUGGCUCUGGCUGGCGAGAACUCUCUGCUCCGAGACCGUGGUCAAAUCCCAGUCGUUUACCGAAGAACACCGUGUAAAUAUCCUGGUAGAAACAUUGCCUUCCAUGUUAAUGAAGGAUCCACACCAUUUUGGCUAUCUCUUUUGGUAGAGUUUGAGGAUGGAGAUGGAGACAUUGGCUUUUUGCAUAUUCAAGAAGCAGGGUCUAGUGAGUGGCUUCAGAUGAAUCAUCUAUGGGGUGCGAAUUGGAAUAUUAUUGGAGGGCCUUUGAAGGGACCAUUAUCUGUGAAACUAAGCACAUCCACUGGGAAAACACUAUCUGCCAGAGAUGUUAUCCCUAGCAACUGGGCUCCAAGAGCCACUUACACAUCUCGUCUCAACUUCUUCCACCAUUAACAGCACUCAAUAAGCUCCUUCCUCAAGGGAAUAAUAAGCAAAUCAAAGAGUUUCUCUUCUUCUAUCAAUUAUUUUUGUCAGGAAAAGUUGCUGUGGAAGUGCACUAGUGUGACAGCGCUUCCGCUGGUGUAUCUGCUUUUUCUUGUUUCUCUUUUACCCUUCUGCUGCUUGUGUACUUACCUUUUCAGAUGUAGCCCUCUCCAAAGAGGAGAGAGAGCUGUGUAGUAGUGCAUGUGUGUGUGCAGUUGUACUUCUGGUCCUAAUUAAUGAAAGUUGAAGCUUUUAAUGUGUG